CUGUAAUUGAUCACACAGCUCGUCCAGUGCAGCAACAAGUGCGUGCUCUGCUAUGCAGGUAAAAAUUGUGUUGUGCAUGGAGUGGUGCUCCCGUCCCGGUGUGGGAAUGGUCCGGUCCGGGGUGUGAGUGUCUGGGUGCCUGUGUCAGUGUUUGCUUCCUGGGCUGGGAUGGAGAGGGCGCUCAGGGGGACAUGGCGUCCUGUAUGAGAUCCAGGACUCUCAGUAAGGAUGAUGUUAACUAUAAACUGCAUUUCAGGAUGAUCAACGAACAGCAGGUAGAGGACAUCACCAUUGAUUUCUUCUACAAGCCCCACACCAUCACCCUGCUGACCUUCACCAUUAUCAGUCUCAUGUACUUUGCCUUCACUAGGUAAGUGCUGGUUUGGGGGUAGGUUUUUGGGAAGGGGGUGGGGUGGGGUGUCAUUUCCUUGCAGAGUCUGCCUGAUGGUGUACACAGCAUCAACCUCCUCUUUAACCCACACCCCUGCAGCCACUAAUCCAUCCAUGUGUCCUUUUAUAUAAUUUUAUGUUUUGUAAUAUUGGCUGCAAAAUUCAUGCAUUUUGGGUUAAGAGCUGUGAGCUGAGCCUACAAUUCCCAUCAUCCAUGACUAUGGCUGUCAUUGGGAGUCGCAGUGCUACAACAGCAGAGACAAUGAAUGUGAUAAAACAGUGAUAUCUUUGCAUGUGUGCACGGAAGGAGCUUUUAUAGAAACAUUGUAGGAUUGUAUGUUGUUAUUAUUUUAUUAUUUAUGUUCCUUUUUGAUUUGUAGCACAUCUUUUUAAAAUGUAGCAAUUCUAUCAAUGUAGCUCUGCAGAUUUAAAAAAUAAUAAUAAAAAUAAUAAAAAUAAAAAAAAAAUAUAUAUAUAUACAUACACACACUCAUGCAGCCAAGCACAUUUUCUAUUUUCCUUUAUGGGUUUCCCCAAACAUUGGCAGCAUUUCAGAAUAUUUUUUUUUUUUAUUUUGCAACUCUGUAUCAAAUUUAUAGCAUUUAAAAAAAAAAAAAAUGUAAGCACUAGUUCCAGCCAUGCAUAAACUAAGACUGCCCUGCAGAAUUCCUUAUUUUCCAUCUCUACAUGAACUCAGGGAGUCCUACAGAAUUCCAAAUCAUGUUUUCAAUAAGAAUUUUUUAUUUUUUGUGCAAUUCAGAGUUUACUAAACGAACCCUUUUUCUAAAAAAACAAAACUUGAUCAACCAUGGAGAUUUUUUUUGUUUGUUUGUUUCUUGUAUAAAGGCAUGGAUACCUUUUUUAUCUUUUGUCCUGUAAAGAAAACUCAGUGACUUCUAAUAGGUAGAAAAUUAUAUCAUAAUGACUUGGCAAUUUGAGAGAUAGUAUUGUACACACUGAAUUACACUAGUUGGUAAUGUGUAUUGUUGCAGGAUUGAUUAUAUAGAACUGUAUACCAACUGGCCCUUCUGGAUUGCUCCUGAUGAACAACGUCCACCCUACCUUUUUUUUUUUUUUAUUUUUUUUGGACUAGCACAUUCCAAUUAGUUUUCAGUCUUCUAGAAAACUUUUAAAAUAAUUUUAUUUACAUUAGUCACCAUUAAAAAUAAUGGAAAUGUUUGUAGAUAAAUAACUUGAAAAGUUUUUGUAACAGAUCGUGAUCAUUUGAAAAAUGUAUCCAAAAUUGUUAAAUCGAGGCCUUGGUGUUUAGUGCCCUGCAGCCGAGACGUGCUUAGGAGCAGCCUGCCUCCCCAAUCAGACUCUCCCCUACUCUUCAAUCUUUUUAAAAUGUCCCUCAAAACACAUCUCUUCAGAAAAGCUUAUGACCUCCCAGAGUAAUUUCUAUUUCACAAACCUGUCUCUUGCUCUCUCUUAAAGGGCCACACUGCACUCUCACCUUCCAGUAAUGCUCCUGUCCCACCUUGUCGUUACGUUUGCUAUCCCCUAUCGAUGCCCUUUCUAUUGUGUUUUUAUACUCCACCUCCUCUAGACUAUAAGCUCAUUUGAGCUUGGUCCUCAUCAACCUAUUGUUUCUGUAACAUUUUAUAAUUGUCUCAUUGUUAAAUUUUCCACUUUCAUAAUAUUUUAAAGCGCCAUGGAAUAAUUGUGCGCUAAAUAAUACCCAUCAGAGUGCUUGAGAAACACAUUGUGCAGAUGGCUGGCACAGAGAUGGUUAAUUACUCUGUCCUCAUUUGACCUCAUUGAACACAUGGGGGUUUUGUAUGUCAUAUCCCUUCCAAGAGCUUUAUUCACUAAAGAGUGAAAAUUGGGAAGCGUUAUCCGCAUUCAUCUCUACUUCCAAAUUAUCUGUCUUGUCCAAAUUAUUUCAAUGGACAUUUCUCUAGUUCUGUUUAUAGUGAAUAUACCCCGAAACAUACAAGUGUUUUACAAUGUGAUGCUGCAAAUCAGUUAAAAGACUGUCCUGUAGGUUCUAAACCUUUCAGCUCUUAAUGGAUUCAGCAUGGAUAUCUGAUCCCCAGGGUAAUAGGCACAUGCAGAGUGCAAUCUGUGACUCUCUGCUUCAAUAUAGCAAUUUAGUGUCCUUCAUGGGCUAACGUGACAUGUUGAAAACACAGGGCCUUUGAUUAUAUCUGUAGCUUGGAUCUAGAAAAAAGUGUAGAGUAAAUGUGUGGUUCCCUUUUAAAUGAAAAUAUUAUAUAAAUAGUGCCAUCUGGGAAAAAAAUAAUAAAGGUUUGUUAUCGGCAGUAAAAAUAUAAUUGAUGCCUUUUUGCUAGGCCUAAAGAGGCUGCUUUGUAAAUAGAUCCUCAGUAGGAUCACAUUUAUGAUAUAAUUAGCUGCACGUGAUGUGGGUUUUGUAACAGUAAUGUUGUUUGCCUGGCCUAUUGACACAUUCGUAGCAUUGACAGGUGGUACACUGUGUGACGUAACAGGCCAAUGCUAAUGGGGACCCAUGAUGCUUUUUUGAUGCAUAUUAUUGGAUUGUUUGUGAUAGCUGCUACUAAAUGUUUGAUUUUUCAAAUGUUUGCAGAUUGUAAUAUAAAUUGAGAAUCAUUCUCUCUGACUAAUAUGAAUUUGGUUUAUCCACUAAACCUUGCAUUGGAAACUAAAUUGUGAAAUUUGGACUAAGAUAGCUGAACUAUGACAGAAUUUUAUACACCAGCUCUUUUGGCCUGAAUGUAGCAAUUUGAUCUUUAGUUCAUUACAGCUCAGUGUUUAGUGAAUAAACUCCUUCAUAAUUUUGCUCAGGGUUUAUUUUCCAAUAUUCCUAACAAUUUAGUGUCCCCAUUGAUAGUUGUUUUCUCCCCAUCCUCCACGUGGGCAAAAAAAUAACAUAAAGAUGAAUUACCUUUUUCCAGCGCUUUGGCUCCCUCUCUGCCUUCCGCAAUGCCAUGGAGCAGGCAUGGUCUCCUCCAUGAUUGUCCAAUCCAAUGUUCCCCAUAGAGGAGCAUUGGGGACCUGAUGUGCAUGCGCGUGAGUGCUGCAAACGCAUACAAACUUGAACUAGUGAUUUUACUAUGGGAGCUUCCACGUCACAUGACGUUGAGUUUUACAACUAAAAAAAAAAAACUAUAGUGAUCCUUUUAAUUGGGAAAUGUUUGAGAAUUUAACAGGGAAUUGCAGGAUUUAGGCCAAAAUAAUAUUAGAACUGUUUUGUGAUUCAAAUAUUUUUCCAGCUUUGCUAGUGAUUGUUUAAAGUGAACCUGUAAUAACAGGUUCAUUUUUACUGAUAUAUCGUAGACAAUGAAUACAUUGGUUGUAGACAGGGACAAUAAGCCGAGUUAUAGUAUUAGUGGUGUAAGUCGGUUGUGGUGUCCCGAAACAGACGAUCAGGUAGGCCUGGAAAAAAGGGCCCACCAAACUUCAGUGGCUUGAUAAAGUGAGCGGUGGGUGGGCUGAACCAAGCAGUAUUGGCUCAGUGGAAAGUAAGGCCCGUGUAUUUAUAGCCUUGGAAACCCUUCCCACAACUGUUUAUCAUAGAGAGAAAUUUGUAUUCAAUGUAACGUUUUUAGCCAUUAAACCCACUUACGUUUGGUCUGUCUCUACUAUGUUUGUAGCUCACUGGGUGCUAAAUUACACCCACCUCUCGUGUAUUCUACCCCCAUUCAGAUUUUAUUUGCCAUGACUAGAGUUCCAAAGCUAGGAAGUUCUCUGCUAUAACACUGACACGCUGGCUUCAUAAUUAUUUUUUAUAAAGCACCAACAAAUUCCGCAAUGCUGUACAAUGGGUAGACUAACAGACGAGUUGGACGCACAGUAACAGAGGGGUUGAGGCCCCUGCUCCAUGAGCUUAUAUGCAUUGGCGUUAGAACGGAGUGACAUCAGUCAUUAGAAAUCCCACUUGAAUGAUUUAUCCCUUCUUUGUAAAGUUUUGGGUCAGAACCAACGUUUACAUGAUCUGUAAAAUUGUAUUGUUUUAUUCUUUUUGUCUGAUUCUGGGAUGUGAUUGCCUGGCUCUACUGCGGGCUGUAUUGAUACAAUUUCCUCCCAUUUCCCUGAUACUGCUUCUGGUUUCAGUGCAUGAGAUCACUCAUACCGGAGGCUAUCUCAGAAUUCAGCUUCUAUUUAUUUAACCAAAAAAAAAGAGACCUGUAAAUGUAUCAUUACUGUUGAACUGAAAGAGGAAGUCUGUGCCUUAGGAUAAAAAAAAAAAAAUACAAAAAAUGCCAGGCCUUAAUUUUUAACAAAUCUGCUUUAAGCCUUUUUUUCAGUUCAGUAUUAGUGGAAUUUGUGUUCACAUGUGAGUGCAGAUGACUGAGCUCUCUUAUGCAUUUAGGACUCAGUUUAGAUCUUUAAUUUUCUAGAAUGUUUUAAAGCUUGUAAUGUACCACAUCCCCUGAUGUCAAGGUUGUCUGCUCGCUAUUUAGUAAAUAAAUGCCCAUGUGUGGGUAUCAUCUUGUCCUCUUUGUCUAAAUCACUGUUGAUUUAAUGAAAAGCGGCAAGACUCCAGAUCAAUUGCACUAUCCAUCAUAUGACAAACUGCACCUGAGCAGUGUUAACGGACACAGAGUAAAAUGAUCCAGGCAUUUUGCCAGUAGAAUUUAGAGAUGGGGUAUUAAACCUUCAAACUCGAUGUAUUAUUGGACUGUGUUUCCCAGAAUUAUGAGACUGAGAAUUCAGGGAAAUGUAGUCGAACAACAGCUGGAGGUGGCAGUCUUCAAGCACUGCUUACAGCAUGUGAAGCAAAUAUUGUAUGUUUUUCAUACAUAGUUAGGGCAAGCCAAAGGAAGCUUUUGUAUUCUAUAAAAGAAUUUGAAUGCAGAAUUUUGCCAAAAACAAUAUAUAAAGGAAUAGUCACUAUUUGAAGUCUGUUGUGCUAGGAAAUGUUUGUUAGUUAUAGAUGUGUAUGAUGCUUUUCUGUAUGUAUGUAAGAUUAAAAGGACAUUCCAGGCACGCACACAUGUCUUGUUAGGGUACGCUUAUGUAUAUAUAUAUAUAUUUUUUCCUUAGUUCUUUAUUUUUAAUAAUUUUAUUAUUCCACAAGCCCAGUCUUUUUAGGCACCUUAUUUAUAACCUUCUGUGUUUCACCUUUUUCUCCAAAAAUACUGUUGUGUGCAUUUCUGGGAGUUGUAGUUUAUUUUUAUUAAGCUUUCUGUAUUAGUAAACCAACUGGUAAACUACAACUCCCUGGAACCCUAGCUGCACCCAGGUCUUCUCAGGAAGUUAAAGGGUAACUCUAUCCCAUUGUAUAACAUGUAUUUAUUUUGUUUUAAAAACUGUACUGGAAAUAAUUCACUAGCUUCCCCUCCCCACCCCCAUAACACCUUGUAAAAUAAAGACUGAACUUACCUGGAAUCCAACGCUGGGUUGGAUCUCCUCUCAGUGGUUUCCACUCCCCCAUUGACAUCAUUGAUCCAUGCUUGUGGGCCAAUCAAAUGCAUUUCAUUGACCUGUUCUACUGGCUCAGUGCAUGUGUGCUCUCGGCUAGGGAGGGUAGAAGCAGGGACAAAAUAAAGGAGGCCCCGCCCAGCAAUUUAUGAUUGUAAGGACUCUGAGAUGGCGGCAGGACUAAAACAAUGACAUAGAUGAGCUGAGAUGUAUUUUAAUUUAACUUUUUUGUUCAUAGUUGACAUUAGCCAGACUGGAACAGUGUGCAGGGAGUGCAGCGUUUCAAGCCACACGUACCGACUCCUACCACUAAAAGCAGAAGUGGUCAUGGUGGGUGAAGUAACCAUUUAAGUGAGGAGUUGAGUGACAUACUGGUUUGGUGAGAGCUUACUCCAGAAUAUGCACAGCUUGAUGUUUUUCAUCAAAUACAGAGACUUCAAAGGGGAAUUCUAUGCACCAUAAUCACUAUAGCUUCCUGUAAUGUUUGUUGCCAGCAUUCCCAUUGCAAUGGCAUCCCUCAAUUGCUUUUGAGCAGUCCUGUAUUUAGGUGGCAUUCAUUGACCAAGCUCCUCAUUUAAUGCUACCAGCUUUGAAAAGAAUUGAAAGUAUUAAAAUGGGCACUUGGGGACUCACAAUAGUGGAACAAUGCCACAAAUCCACAAGUUUUCAAUGUAACAAUACAAGAAAUAAAUAGUCAGAAGGUUCAAAUAGAACAGAGCACGAUAUUUCAUGAUACAUAAGGCAACAAACAAGCAUGUCAGAAUAUAGAGUACAAUUCACCCCAAGUCAAACCAGGAAAAAGCAAGCAGUUAAAAGGGAGUUAAAGAGAACGUGGAUAGGUAGAGGGGAAAGUACAAAACAAAAACCUACAAAACCAUGCAAGGUGAGCAAGGCCCAGAACCCAAGACUGUGGGUCAUUUUUCAGUCAGACAUGUAGUCGCAAGAUAGGGCAGCCAUGAGUACCAUAAGUCAUGCUUUACCUAUGUAGUUUGGAAGCAGUCAAGUUCUCCAUGGAUCUAAUUUCUGCCACCUUCUACAUCUAUUGAGUGAGGGACAGGGUGGCACACUGCCACUAGACAAACAUGGAUAAGCACAUAACAGCAUUUAGGAAAUGUCAGGCUUUCCUUAUAUUUUGAAAGGAGUUGGGAAGUCAAAUGGAGAAGCAUCACCAUGGUAGUAAAAGGAGGUGGAUCCUCUAUGUUCUCAGUCAGUUGGGGAUGUAUCAUGCGCCAGUAUGUUUGGAUCACUGGAGAAUGCCAUCACUGGAGCAGUAGCGAGCCAACCUACCCCCAGCACCGCCAGCAUUAUUAAUUGUGUGCUGUACCAUUUGUGAAGUAGCUUAUAAGUAGAUUACAUUUUUGUAAAACUCUGGCUCCAUUGGCAUUUCUUUUUCGGUAUAAUGCUUUAACAAAAUUUAAAAAAAUUAAAAAAACAAUGCCAAGCAUUUUGGACAAUGGCCUCAGCUAUAACUGGACUGACUACAAUUGAAUUAGCCUUUUCAUUUAUUUUUUUUUCCAUUUUUUUUCUAUGAUUAGAGUGGAAGGAUAGCCUUGGCAAACAGCACAUUUUAUAAUCUUUGCAAAUAUGUAACUGGUUGAUAAGCAGGUUUUGCAGUUUGGUCGUUUCAAAGCUAGAAGGAUUAACAAAGCAUGCUGUUGCUUUUUCUAAAUGUCUGCAUUCUGUUCAGAACCCUGUGGUCUAUUGUAUGAAGGUUCUCCUGUCUGCUUAAUAUUUUGAGAUUGCUCGACCUGAGUGGCCCUUUUCUUGUGUUAUUUUUUUUUUUUUUUAAUAUAAUCGGAAGUAAAACUGUUCUGAUUUUUGUUGCACUGAUGGAAAUUAGAACCAAAAACUAUUUUUACUCCGCUGAAGCAUAUUACAUCUUAAUGCAAGAUGAAGAACAUUAGUCAUUUGUGUUAACCUUUUAAAAGGAGUAUUGAUCCAGGUGAAAUUAAAGUCCCCUUCAUCUAAUGCCAAUUUUCAGUAAAAACAGGAGGAAGUAUUUGUUCACAUUCCAUUAUUCUUUGAAUUAGGUUUUUUUUUUUUUUUUUAAAUUCUUUAUUUAGUUCAGGUUUUGUAUUUCUCAGUAAACAAGGUAGGGUUUACACAAAAGAGAAGGGAUGUGAAAAGGUGCGUUCAUAGUUUUACAGUUUUGCAUUCAGAUUCAUAGGUAGUACAGCAGGAUAUUGGUAUACAAUCCAUUAAAUGGUCUUUCCAGAGGGUGGUGCUAACAGUCGUGCCCUGUGUUGCUUAAUAGUGAUAUUCCUAUGUCCCCCCUUGGAGGGGAGGACAUUCUAGAUUUCACUGAGCGUGGGCUAUUUCUGUACCUAUUGCUUGUAUAGCAGUAUGUCAUAUCAGGGGUAACAGGAUAAAGGCUGGGGGUAAGGGUGUGUGUACAUUUUAUAAACAUUUAGGUUUGCGCACAGUUUGUCACAGUACGGUCUAUCCCAUAUUGUUGAGUUGUUAAUGCACAGAGGGGUAUGUUUCGUAUGGUUGAGGGGAUAUGUGGUCGGAUCUGACAUGGUGUAGUAGCUCUAGUGUCUCCUUACGCCGUGUGGGGUCCUGCAGAAUGGCUUGUUUUCCUGUUGUUGUUGGCUCUAUAAUGUCAAGGGUGUGUUAUCAGAUGUACAUUUACUCUAUUUGGUUCCUAGGAGGGUGUGUAUUUCUGGGGGUGAUGAGCUGGGGCAGCAUAUUGUGUCCCCAUAGAUGCAGUUGGGGUGGUCAGAGGGGGCCAGCCCCUCAUGUUGUGACUGAAUUAGGUUUUUAAACAUAGUUUGCUUGUACAUGAGUGAUAGAAUUACACAAGGCCAAUAACUUUCACAGUAUGGUCCACCAUGGACUAGGGUGUAACUGACUGGGAGACUGUCUCAAAUAGGUUCACUUCAUACCUAUCAUUACUAUUUACAAAGUAUCAACAUAUGGCAUAUACAAGUAAUUACAACGAUAAGAGGGUUACAACACUGGGUAUAACCAGAUCCAGUUAGCUCCUUUACCUAUACCGCCUACCCUCCCUCUGCAUCCCCCUCCACACACACACACACACUCCUCCCACCCAACUCUUAUUGUUUUAUCUUUUCCUCAUAUCACUAUGGGGAGCUCUCUCAGCUGUUUAUAUAAAGCUACCUCAUUCAUUGUUUGCUCUUUUUUGUUAAUCAUUUAUUGGCCUGCUGAUAUUAUAGUCAUGCUGUUUACGUGUAUCUGUAGUUCCAUGUAACUCUAACCCAUACUCUGCUAGUCUGCUACUCACUUAUAGGUUGGAUUUAUCGUAUGUUCUGUUGUGAUCUAAAAAAAAAAGUGCCGUGUUUUAGACACACUUAGCUGAUCUUCUUAUUAAUCAUUGAUUUGGCUAUGAUGUCUUACUACUCUUGAAUGCUAAGCUAUGCGCUGCAAAUAUAAUUAGAAAGAGUUUUACAUACAGGGCCCUGCUCAGACUAGCUUAUGGUUUAAACCAGGGGUGCCCAUAUGUUUUAAAACUACAACUUCCAUGACGCUUUGCAAUUCUACAGGCAUUCUAAAGCCAUUCAAAGCAUCAUGGGAGUUGUAGUUAAACAACAUCUGAGGAUCUACCUUUUGAGUACCCCUGAUCAAUGCUAAAGUGAGUGGGGUAUAAUUUCACAAAAAAAGAAGCUUGAUUGCUAGGUGUAGCAAGGUAUGUUUGAUUACUAGGUAUGACGGUAAAAAAUAUAUAAAAGUUGAAUUACAUUAGGAAUGGAGAAUGUGAAGUUAAACUUUUAAAUCAAUGGGGAAGUGAGAAUAGUCAAGAGGAAAUCUGUGAUACCCCACAUAAAGUCAAAUAAUAGAGUAAAUGGGGAUGUAGGAAAUGCCUGCCAAACCACUAGAUUGGUGGAAGACCAACAGGCCAUCACACCAUAACCUAGUCCUAGGUAAUAGGCUGUGGUCCUGGAACUGUCACUUAUACAACUAUUUAAAAACAGAGGGGGCAUUACAGCUCCAUCAGUAUUAAAUACAGGUCACGGUUGCCUAAAAUUAUUGGUGGUGCAUAACUGUUAUUUUAUUUUAUUUUUUUAUUUUUUUGUGUGUUUUAUAAUCCCUAUGUACAUUUUAAACAAAUCAUAUGGAUUCCUACACUCUGAUAAUUUUGUCCUCUUUAGAUUUAAUAUGUAUUUACCAAAUCGGUGUGUUUUGGCACCAAUAAAUAUGUGCAUUCCCAUCAUUACGCUUCUUUAUUCUCCGAUAUCACUUUUGUACUUAAUGUGAGUUUUAUUUAUUUCACUUUAGAGAGAACACAAGCCAAGAAGACAAUAUUUGGAAAGGCAUAUUAUCAGUCAUAUUUUUCUUCUUAAUUAUCAGUGUGCUUGCAUUCCCAAAUGGUAAUGUAUAUAAAUAAUUAUAUCCAAAAAUAUGUGUGUGUAUAUAUAUUUUUUUCUUUCUAGAAAUUUCUGAUCUAAUCUACAAUUAUAUAUUGUACAUCACUUUAAUUUCACUUGUAGUGGGAGUGUUUACACAAUACUUUCUGUAGUUGUGGACUUAGUUUAGUUAUUUUUUGUGUUUUAUUUUAAUCCUGCUAAAUAUAUUGCACCAUUUUUAGCCACAAAAUGAUGCCCCUGUACCUUUGAUUCUGUUAGAAGGUUAAGCCAAGUAUCAUAACCCCUACAGCUCCUGAUCUCCUUGCCAUUCAUCAGCUGACUUCUCUCAGUGAAUAAGUGCAAUUCUAUGCACAGAAUUGACAUUAGCCAGCCUGGAGCUCUGGUUCUGGGCUAAUGAUGUUGCCAGAAGUGCAGUUACAUCUCCAGCACAGAGUUUUUAAAAAUGCUGCACACACAUACUCCAGACACCAUGACCACUUCAAAUCACUGAAUUGGUCAUGGGGCUUGGAGUAACCUUUUAAAUAAUCUUUUACUGAUUUUUUUUUGUUUGUUUGUUUUUUAAUGCAAAAUUACAAUCAACAGAUUUUCUUAUGAAAAAAAUUAUAUACACAAGUUCCAGUUAUUGAAAAGCGACAUAGGUGAAUAAAUUGUGCACAGGUAGUUUUAUGUAAGUUAUAGUAAUCUAAUCAGUGGUUAUGGUCUAUUCCAGCAGUUAUUUUGUAACUCCAAGCCAACAGCAAUUUAAAUAACUGAUACACACCACGUGGGGCAGGAAGCGUUCACUUUCAGAUCCUUAUUUGUUGCUGAAUUGCUUGCACAAGUUUAAGCAUUAAUUAGCAUUGCGGUUACAUUUCACUGAUACACAGUAGUACCAAACAUGGAACAUUCUGGCUAAGUUACAGUGUUGAACAAUCUGCGUAAAUCGUAACUUUCUUUAUUCUCUCCUGUUCCAGGCCCCUUUACAAGACCACAUCCUGCUCUCUGGAGAAUGGUGUUUGGUAAGUGAUAAGUCAGGCUCUGAUCCAUUUUAAAUUCUAAUGUUGAGCUCUUUAAUUAAAUCACUAGAUGCUGACAAUAAGCAGGGGCAUUAAACUGUGACCACCAAAUGUUGUCUGCUGCUCCCAGAAUUUGGGGAUUUUUGGUCCAAAAACAUAUGUCUGACACCAAAAUUGUACCAAUGGAUCUGAUAGACUUUCAUUAAAAUUAGUAUCUAUAAGGGGUUUACCAUGUUGUAGAAUAUAUGGCUGUUGAUCCAAAGAAGCAGCAUAGCUCAUUAUUGUUGUUCACUCUGCAGGAAUUCUAAUGUAAAACAUUUCCUAUUGAGUAAAAAAAAAUAAAAAAUUAUUUCUUACAGAAUCUCAUUCACUUGAAAUAAGUGGGAGGAGUUUAGUGUAGAUAAAAAUGCAAUUUAAAAAAAAUCUUGUGUUAUUCGAAAUCCAUGCAGAAAGGCAGUGGUCUGUGUGCCAGGUCCAGCUAGGCUUAACCCAUUCUUUUAUAAACAUAGCAGUUUCUCUGAAACUGCUAUGUUUAUCAAUGGGUUAAGCCUUCCCCCAAUUCCUCUAGUGGCUGUCUCAUUGACCGCCGCUAGAGGCGCUUGCGUGAUUCUCACUGUGAAAAUCACAGUGAGCGCACGCAUGCGUCCAUAGGAAAGCAUUGAUAAUGCUUUCCUAUGAGACCGGCUGAAUGCGUGCGCAGCCAGCCGCAUGGGAGGAGACGAGGAGGAUCGGAGGAGAGCUCCCCGCCCAGCGCUGGGAAAAGGUAAGUUUUUACCCCUUUCCCCCUUCCAGAGCCGGGCGGGAGGAGGACCCUGAGGGUGGGGGCACCCUCAGGGCACUAUAGUGCCAGGAAAACGAGUAUGUUUUCCUGGCACUAUAGUGGCCCUUUAAGCUAGUGAGCCCAAAUGGUAGAACCCUGUUUUUGUUCGCCAUUCUGAAGUUCUACAUCCUCUGUGGAUCUACCUUUUGGACAGCCCUGGUUUUAAAGGUUUCAGUUGGCACCAACGUCAUGUGUGAAUCACAAGACACAUGAAAGGGUUUAUUUACAAAGGGCUGAGACGAAAAGAGAAUCACUGCCAAGGGCCUUUUGGACCCAGGCGACUCAAAUCUGUGAAACAUUCCAAGUACUUGAGUUCACAAUUUUUUUUGCUGGCCUAAUCUAUAGUUUAAAGGAGCAUUCCACGGGGAUUUUUUUAUUUAAAUAAUCACUAUGUAUUAGAAAUACCCCGAAUGAUCACAAGUAAUUUUUUUUUAUUUUUUUUUUUAUUUGCUGCAUGUAGCUGGGGGUACAAAAAAAAGUUUGCAAAAGCUGUAGCCUAUGCAAGCCCUCCUUGCUGGGGGCAAGCCUCUGCUUCUUAGCUGCAACCACAUAGACACUGAAGCGUGGCGAGGGGAAAGCUGAGGAGGAUGCAGGAGCAAGAAACAAGGAUGGGAAUGAGCGUCCUGUGGACGCACGGCGCACACAGGCUCUAAGAUUUAAAGGAGGCAAUGGCAGGCGCGCUCUAGCAGAUUGGAACUGCCACUAUCAUUAGCUGAGUGAAGCUAACGGAAGGAAGAAGAAAAGCUCCCUGGCUGUGUUUUACAAUUUAUUUAUAAAAGUGCUUAUUUGUCAAAGAAAUAGGCACUUUUCUAAAGUGCUACUAAAAUGGGAUCCUCCUUACCCAUAAAGCACUUCAUCAACCUCAAGUGCUUUACGGGUGUGAGUGGUCUGUAAAGACACUGGAAUUAAAUUCUGGCAAACAAAAAGAUCUUCAGUGAAUACUAAAGUUGCUGAGGGCUCUGCCCACUGAUACUUUGUUGAGUUGUUAGUUAAUUGAGCCUCGUGUACCUACGACUGGAUAUUGUCAUUGUGGUCACUGAAUUAGUCAGUUGGCUGUGUUUAGUGAAAAUGUAACCUCUUGGUGACAUUCAUGGUCCGGUUUUCUUUUUGCAUGUUAUUCAAAAUCCCGUUUCCAUUAUGUCUGAUGCAGAACAUGUAUCAAUUUUCAGGUCUCAGUGUACUUUAUUUCCUGUUCCUCAUCUUCUUGCUGUUCUUGAACUUUGAACAAGUGAAGGCUGUCAUGUAUUGGUUAGACCCAAACCUUCGUUUUGCUACACGCGAAUCUGAUAUCAUGGUGAGUACCUGAUUUUUGACAUUUCCUGUAGGAUCAAGGGUGGCAAAUGGGUCACUCUCCUAUCGUGAAGCUACAUUUGUUACUUUCUCUCUUUCAAGUACAGUACUUGACAAAUCAUUAUCGUUUCUAUCGUUCCAAUUUAUUGGAAUGGUUUAUUGUUGGCUGCUGGUUGGUUUUGUUGUUUUUUUAUUUAUUUUUUUUUAAUGGGAAACCGUGAUAAGUUUAUUAAAUUGUUAUGGUAUUUUCAUUAAGUUUAGUUUGAUGAUGAACAUUUUAACUGGAUACUCCAGGCUGAAGGUUGCUAAUAAUUAUGUUAAUACAUUAUGUACAACAUAUUAAAGUGAUUAAAAACAAAAUACAUAUGAUGUUCCUGCAGUUGUUGUAAACUUUAUCCCUCUAUCCCUAGGAACAUAAAUAAAGCAACCUCUAUCACACAAUGCUUUUUUUUUUUUUCUGGUGAUUAACCAUAGGUAGGUAAUGUAACAUCCGACAUUGUGGAGAAUCCACAAUACUACUUUGGCCAUUAUUUCCACCUAAUAUGUAUUUUUUUUUUUUCUAUAUAUAGCUUCAAUAUAUUACUAGAACUGAUGGUACUCUGGAAAACUGCAAUUUGAAAUAUUCUCGUAGAUUCUUUUUGCAGUUACUGUGAUGCUUCAUUCUCGUUAAUGUACAAUUUUUGCGGAAUGACCACUGGAGAUGUUUACGUUCCGAGUUCUGGUGAUUCCCUAACCGUUACUUAGGUUGUGAAUGUCCCAACAUUGCAAAUUCUUUUAACAUCCGUGAUCUCCUUGUAUGUAGGAAUAUGCUGUGAAUUGCCACGUUAUUACUUGGGAGCGAAUACUAAGCCAUUUUGACAUAUUUGCAUUUGGACACUUUUGGGGAUGGGCAAUGAAAGCUUUGCUGAUCCGGAGCUACGGACUGUGCUGGACAAUAAGCAUCACAUGGGAGCUGACAGAGGUACGUGUGUUACAUGUGGCAAUAUUGCUAUAAAGCUUGUUUGCAGAGUUGAAUGGCCUCUUUGCGGUUUACAUCCCAUGCCUUAAAUCCGUGUUGGCCAACAUAUAGUUCUCUAGUUGGUGUAGAAAAAGAACAUCCUUUGUCUCUUAGCUAUGAGCACAUCAAUGUGCAUCACCGUAUCCAUGUAUUUUAAUCUAAUUUUAUAUAGAGCUGAUGGAUAUGCUAGCUUCCAAUAAUUAAACCAUAGUUCUUCUUGUUAAAUGUUUUUCCUCGAAACUCUGCUUCAGUUCGUAUACAUUUAUGAUAUUUCUUAUGUGAUACCUAUGUGUGGAAGAGUAGAGACUUUAACUCUUGUCACUGGUCAAAAUAUACAUAGAAAAUCAGUGGUAACCAAUAGUGGUAUUAAAUUAUACACAAAAUACAAAUUUCAAAUCUACAUAAAACUCUUGUGGCAAAUGAAAAAUGUGAUUUUUCUCACAGUUUGGGCAUAUGUUAAAUUCCCCACUGCAAGAAAUACCACAGAAUCAGAAAUAUUUACUGUAGAUCAUGGUCCUUUCUGAUUAAUUUUUUUUUUCCGUAAAGGCCCUACUUCAUCUCACAUCCUUUCAGGGCACGAAGUAGCAGUAGGACACCUGAAAAAUAGUAAUUGUAUUAAAUCAGACCUAUUACCUCUCUAGAAGUUACACUAUUGAAUAAAAUAUUGAAAAACACGUCCUUAACAUACUUUUCACAUAAUGCUCCAUGGGCUUUUUUUUUUUUUUUGUACUGUAUAAUAAAGAUUUAGCAAGUGAUAUCACAAUCCAGUUCAGUCUAGGCACAGUAAGGGCACCCAAUGAAAAUGAGGAGGACAACAGAAACAUUGUGUCAAUUUCUCCCCUUGCAAUAAUAAAGGGCAACCUUUUAUAAUGUUGAUUGUCAUUCAAGGCAAAUGAGGGAAAUUCUACAUAAAAAUAUAAUUGCAAAAUAUAGGAGAUAAGUAAACAUUAAAAACCAUGGAAGGUGACUGCUAGCGUGAAUUAAAUUUGUUUGUAUACUUUUUCAGCUGUAAUGCAGCUGAGAACAUCCUUAUUAUUAUUAUUAUUAUUACUAUUAUUAUUACUAUUAUUAUUAUUAUUAUUAUUACUAUUAUUAUUAUUGGCAUUUAUGUAGCACCAAAUUAUUAAGGGACAAAUUUAACAAUAAAUGAGACAAUUACAAAAUGUUACAGGAACAAUAGGUUGAUGAGGACCCUACUCAAACGCGCUUAUGAUUAGUCACGGAACUUUGUCUUUCCUCAAGGUUUACAUUUUUGUAGAUGUCCUGGUUUAGGACACAUUUCCUCCAUGUACCUCUGUUUAGUAACAUAUAUUCUCUUUCAUGUUAGCUGUUUUUCAUGCAUCUUCUUCCCAACUUUGCCGAGUGUUGGUGGGAUCAAGUGAUUCUGGACAUUCUCUUAUGCAAUGGAGGUGGCAUUUUUCUUGGUAUGAUCGUUUGUCGCUUUUUGGAGAUGAGAAGUUAUCACUGGGCAAGUUUUAAGUAAGUUGAUACGCAAUUAUUAAUACAGCUUUGGAUUUCUUGGACUGAUCAAAUUACUGUGUUCUAAAUGUCAUGUACAUUUUAUAGCAUGUGGUAUGUGCUAAUUUUUGUUUUCCAAUAACAUCACUGGAUUAAUAAUUCUAUCCCAAACGAUGCAAUUAUAAUUAACUUACAUAAAGAAUCAAAUUAUUAAAAUGAACACAAAAUAAACAUCAUGCUUGAUGAUUUCAGAGAUUUCCAACAAUGAACCGGAGUGAAAUGACUGAUUAUUAUAGGGUUAUUCACUAAAAUGCAAAUUCUAAGUAACAUUGUAGUGUCAGGAACACAUACAUGUGUUAAACCAACUAUUUAGGUGACCGGCCCUUCGAUCUCUGUGAAAAGGUUAUUUUGCCCAUCUUUUCUCCCAUGGCGCUCCGGUCUCACCGUGGCGAGUUCUGCCUCCAUGGCUGAGAUCAUUAAACUUGAUGAUCUUUAUUAAUCCAAUGCUUUCCUAUAGGAAAGAAUCUUCUUGUGAAUAUUCAUUGAAUUAACACUGCUCUAUAAAGGAACAUGCUCUGCAUGGAGGCGCUGAAUGCCAGUGCUGCACACUGUACCUCUAGUGGCCGUCUGAGUGAGUGGCACUCCGUGAAAAGGCAGUGUCUACAUUAAAAAGCUUGCAGGGACAGGAUAUAGACGCCAUAUCCACUACAUUUAAGCUGCAGUGGUUCUGGUGAUUAUAGUGUCCACUUAAGGCAGAAGCAGCCCAAAAUGGACACAUUCUGUAAGUCAGCCAUGCUUCCAAUUUGGCUAUUUCUGACUUAAAUGUGGAAUUGACUUUGAAUUCACUUAAUUUUCUCGAUUUAGUGUUAGUCUUUUUAAAUCAUAACAUGAAUGGGUUUAAAUAAAGCUACAUAUUACGUAGUAGUCUAUUGCUACUAGAAGCUAUAGAAAUGUAGUCUGAAAAGUCAUGAAAACUACAUGCUUGUUCGUUCACCUACUGUAAAGCACUGCGAAAUUUGUUGGCGCUAUAUAAAUCAUAACAUAAUAAAGCGUUAAAAAAAAAAAAAAAAAAAAGUCACCGCUAUGUUUGUGCUCAUUUGCAAACAUUGCAUGGCACUCUGGGAUUUUCAGAUCUGCGUGUUUGUGUAGCAGAUGUUUAAAAAGUUUUUUUAUUUUUUUUUCAAAAAAGCUCCUUAUCAAACGUGAGCACUGCUCAGCAGUUUGAUUUGGGCCAAAGUUGUUUAGGUAAGUGCCACUCAAAGACCAUCUUUAAAAGUAACGCUGCAUUAAAAAAAUAUAUAUUUUCCUCCAAACACACAAAUGUGUACUUUCACUGCUAUCUCCAAUAAAUAUGGAAGAAAAAUGUUUCCUAUUUUUUUUUUUUUUUUUAUACUUUUAGUAACUGCUUAAUUAUAUUGCCUUGAAUAGAAAAAAAUAGCUUCACAGCAUCUUAAACAUAAAUCAUGAAUAAAUAAUUAUGCCUUGUGUUAUGGGAAUAUUUAUAGGUACUGCAAUAUAAAUAAAAUACAAGUUUUGAACAAAUUCUAUUUUCUCCGAACAUUCUGUUUCAUUAUUUAUAUUUUCUUAGAACAACCUUUUUAUUAAUUUAUAUAUGUUUUGCCUCUCUAAAGGGACAUUCACACCACCACCGGGAAAAUAAAGCGAGCAGUAUUGCAAUUCACUCCAGUAAACUGGAUCUAUGUCAGGUGGUUUGAUCCCAAGUCUUCAUUUCAAAGAGUUGCUGGUGUCUAUCUUUUCAUGAUAAUUUGGCAGGUAAGUGGGACAUAUAUGUCCAAGUAGUAAUUUUAUAAUUCUAAAUAUUACCCUGUAAUGGUAAAAUUGUUAUCGAAUGUAUUGAACAAUCUACUGAGCAUAAAUGUAAAGAUACAUAUACACUGAUCAGCCACAACAUUAAAACCACUGACAGGUGAAGUGAAUACUAUUGAUUAUAUUUUUACGAUGGCAGCAAGUGAACAGUAAAAAUUUAAUGUGUUGGAAGCAGGAAAAAUGGGCAAGCAAAAAGAUCUAAAUGACUUUGACAACAGGUAAAGAGUGAUGGCUAGACAACUGGGUAAGAGCAUCUCCCCAAUGUCUUGUGGGUGUUCCUGGUGUUCAGUGGUUAGUACCUACUAAAAGUGAAGGACAACCAGUGAGCCAGCAUCCGGGUCAGUGAUGCACAUGGGGAGCAAAGGCUAGCUUGUGUAUUCCAAUUAAACAGAAGAGCUUCUGUAGCUCAAAUCGCUGAAAAACUUAAUGCUGGCCAUGAUCGAAAGGUGUCCGAACACACAGUGCAUAGCACUUUGCUGCAUAUGGGACUGCAUAGCUGCAGACGGCUCAGAGUGCCCAUGAUGAUCCCUGUCCACUGCUGAAAGCGCCUCAAUAGAAACGUGAGUGUCCGUACUGGACGAUCAAGCAAUGAAAGAAGGUUGCCUGGUCUGAUGAGUCACGUUUUCUUUUAGAUCAGGUGGGUGGCCAGGUAAAUGUGCAUAAUUUAACUGGGGAAGACAUGGGUGCGCUGUGGGAAGAAGGCUGGCUGGCUGAGGCAGUGAUUUGGGGUGGGCAAUAUUCUGGUAGGAAACCUUGGGUUCUGGUAUUCAUGUGGAUGUUACUUUGACACGUGUCACCUACCUAGAGAUUGUUGCAAACCACGUACACUCCUUCAUGGCAAUGGUGUUCACGGAUGGCAGUGGUCUCUUUCAGCAGUCUGUCACCCUACCUCAUUGCAAACUUUGGUCUUGUGGAGUCCAUGCUUCAAUGCAUCAGAACUGUUUUAGGCAGCAUAAGGGAGACCUACACAACAUUUAGCAGGGAGUUUUAAUGUUGUGGUUGAUCAGUUUACCUUUCCCAAGAGACAUUUUUCUGGAGAGUCUGUUCAGUGAGAAAUCUACAUUCCACAGUUUUUGUUUGAGCUCACAAGGCAAGAUGAAUUGUCACGUGGCAUCCUUGCUGCUUGACUCGCUUCCUGCCAUAGUUUAUGCUGCAGAAUUGAAUUUCGAUCUUGAAUCAUUAACUACGUGCCUUUACAUUCAUGAAGAGAUUACAUUUUAAUAAGCAUCUUCUUGCUAUGAUUUUGUUUGUUUACUUCGUUGGCUAUAGUAUUCUGCAUGGCAGGGUCACCAAAACUGGAUGAUUGAAAACUGGACAUCUUGCCUGGUCUCAACACUAUUUCAGUACUGUGACCGGCAGAGUGUAUGUUCAGAAUGUGGUAUAGACUGUAUGACUCUAUGGACCCAUCAUGCCAUGUGUUGAAUGUGCAGGCUGGUAGUGAUGUGAGGGAAUGCUUCAUUGCCAGCUGAUCGUCAUUUGACACUGUUUUUGUUUUUGAAUGGAUGCUUCCAACGGGAUAAAGCAUUAUGUCUCAAAGCAUGCAUCUCAGCCUGGUCAACGAACAGAAACCGGUUUAACUUAAUAGAGCACAUUUGAGAUGGAGAUUAACAGGCGUUUUGUACCAUUAAUAUGUAGAUGACAAAUGUGCAGGAAGUGAGAAAUGUCAGUGUGACGGCAUGCAUCAUCUGGAAUCCAUGCUGUGAGAUAGUCACAUUAUUAUGGUGUGUAUGUAUAUGAGUGUUAUUUGAAUAUGUGUGAGUAUAUAAUAAUUUGAAUGUAUAAAAUAAUUGUACAUUUUGGUUGGAAUUGGCUUUUGCUAGAGCUUAAUGGCAUGGUUUUCCUUUUUCCCACUUCUAGCUGACGGAGCUGAAUACAUUCUUCUUAAAACAUAUCUUUGUAUUCCAAGCUAGUCACGCACUGAGCUGGUGUCGGAUUCUUUUCAUCGGAGUGAUAACAGCCCCUACUGUCAGGUAAUAAAUCUUGUUCAGCUUUGGAAGGACUGAAUAAAUGAAUAUUUUCAGGAAGCUUGCAUUUCAGCACAUAAUGUAUGUUUUACAUUAUGAAUUGGUUAGAAUUUUUAGCAUGCUGUACCUUGGGUCUUAUGUUCCCAAUAUUCCCAAAAUGUUUGUUUAUUUUGUAGUUCAUUGUGUUUUGUUCUUUGAAAUAUAUUGAUUCGUGGAGGGCUAUUUACUAAAGCGAGACCUUCAAAUGAAUAUCACAUUUUAAGGUGAAUGCAGACUGACUACAUGAAAGCAUAGCUUAUUGAGAAUUUUUAAAAUUUCUGUUUUUUUUUUACCUUAAAUCUGAAAUUCACUUUGAAUUCUCACUUCAGUGAAUAACCUUGAUAGUGUACAUCACUGUGGUUGCAUUAUCAAUGACUAAUGCUGUUUUGCAUUUGGUAGAAAUCUGGUUAGUGCCCACCUUUUUUAAUUGGCACCCUCUGUUACUUUAUACAAAAAAUGCCAUCUGUAUGUAGUGCCUUUUUCACCCAGGACCCACAGCGUAUAUUUUUAGCUCAUCAAACUAUGGAUUCUUAUCUUGAUAGUACACAGAGUGUAGCAUGUAGCAGGAUUUAGUUGCAGACAGGGCCGUCUUUAACGCAGGGCAAACGGGGCAGCUGCCCCGGGCCCUGUCCCAGCUGGGGGCCCAAGACAGCUGCUCCUUUUGCCCUCUGCCCGCAAACUAUGGGGGCCCAUCGGGUGGCCCAUGCCCUUAGGGCCACCCGGUGGGCCUGUGUCGGCAGGGGCCCGGUCGGGCGCUGUGGCGCUUUAACAGCGCGACCGGGCCCUUGCUUUUUCGGCAGCACUGGGAGGAAGUGACAGCCGCGCGUCACUUCUUCCCACAGAAACAGGAGCCGCCCGGGAGGAAGGAGCUGUUCCGGAGGGGGCCAGGCCGGGAGAGCUUAAUUCCAAGCCACCCCACUAGACCCCAGGGAAGCCACCCUCCAGGAAAAGGUAAGAAACUGGAGGGUGGUUAUCAAAUUUUGCAUGAGUGUCUGUGUGUGUGUGAGUAUGUAUGUCUGUCUGUCAGUGUGCCAGUAUGUCUGUGUGUGGUUCUGUAUGUCUGUGUUUGUCAAUAUGUCUGUGUGUAUGUGUGUUUCAGUAUGUCCGUCUGUGUGUAUAUAUGCCAGUAUGUCUGUGUGUGUGUGUGUCGGUCAGUGUCUGUGUGGUUCAGUAUGUAUGUGUGUAUGUGUGUUUCAGUAUGGCUGUCUGUGAGUGUCAAAAUGUCUGUAUGUGUGUGUCUGUAUGUCUGUCAGUGUGUGAGUCUGUCAGUGUCCAUGUGGUUCUGUAUGUCUGUGUGUAUGUGUGUUUCAGUAUGGCUGUCUGUGUGUGUCUCUGUGUCAGUACGUCUGUCAGAAUGUGCCUUUGUAUCUGUAUGUUGUCCGUUUGUGUGUGUAUCUAUAUAUAGUCAGUGUGUAUCUGUAUGUGUCCGUGUUUGUAUGUGUGUAUCUGUGUGUCUGUAUGUGUGUCAGUGUGUGUGUUGGUGUAUCUAUAUGUAGUCAGUGUGUGUACCUUUGUAUCUGCAUGUAUCAGUGUUUGUAUCUGUGUAUCUGCAUGUUUGUCAGGUUGUGUAUCUGUGUUUGUGUCUGUGUGUCAGUGUUCUAUAUGUAGUCUGUGUGUAUCUGUAUGUUCUUGUGUGUAUCUAUAUGCGGUCAGUGUGUAUCUGCAUGUGUGUCAGGUUUUGUAUUUGUGUGUAUCUAUAUGUAGUCAGGGGGCCCAAGUUAAUGCUUGCCCAGGGUCCAAUCAGAAUUAAAGACGGCCCUGGUUGCAGAGCAACUAGAAUCAAGAACUGACAACUUACGUUUCAGAGAUCUUGUUCUUGCAAACCAGGAAGGUGUUUAUUAGACAUAACUUUGGGAACGCAGGGCUAUGAUUCCCAGUCUAUUCUUUCCAAAUGACUCUUCUGACAGGCUGGCAGGAAAACCAAUAUUUUCCAAAUAAAUAGCAAGGCAAGUUUUCAUGGUAUGCCUCAAUGGGACUGCUUGUUUUCUAUUGUGAUGUUACAUACUUGUAUAACAGCUUUUUUUUUUGCAUGCUCUCUUAUUAAAGCUUUUAUUUUUUUUCCGAUCUAUAUUUAAAUGUAACAAAUGCUGGCUUAACUAGCGUGUUUUCAGCAUAAUAUUCUCCAACAGUGACUUAUAAUAUUCAGGAUAAUAAUGUAAUUUUAGGAUCAGCCAAAUUCCUCAAUAGUAUUGUAAGUAAAGGUGUUCCAGGGCUUGUCUGGCUGGUGCAGCACUGGGCGCAUCCAUCAACCCUAUUCGCUGUGACUGAAUAUAUAAAUACAUAUACACAUGCAUACAUAAUGUACUUCUAUUUUAGUGUACGUCCUAUUUAAGGAAUAUAAAUAAAACGUUUUUUAAAAUGCUUUACUGGUAAUGAGAGCUGCUUGAAAGGGGGCAUUAGUAGAAAGUUCUGCAAAGCAGUCAAACAGAGAUGAUGAAUUAUAAUGACAAAAAUUGCCUGGCUUUGUUAUUGCCAAAUGAUCUAUAAUGAGCCAUACAGUAAAUAUUUUGCAUUUAUCUGCCAAGCUUCAAAGAUCCCGUAGAGGUUGCUAAUAAUACUUAGUCUUACAGUGUAAAUAUAAAAUGUAUGCUGUAGAGCUUGUGGGCUGCAGGCUCAAACCAUUCUUCAGAAAUUUUACAUAAAGAAGGUGCAUUGGAAUAUCUGUUGUAUUCCACACUAAGUUCUGCAGGAGUGAUGCAUCAAUCAGGGUUUGUCCUGGGAGUUUGCCAGCCCGUCACUAUAUGGCUUUGUGCAUUGGCUGGUGACCUGUCCGGAGUUGAAGACAUGCAUGCAUGGUAUGUGUGUUUGAAAGUGAACCGAUACCAUUGGUUGGAGAAAAGUAAUGGGAAACAGAGCGUGUAUCACCCUGGGCAUGCAUAAAUCCCUGUAAAUGCUCCAUCACGCAGUACAGGUCAUACUGAUUGAAAUUGGAGGAAUAUAAUGUUACAACUCCAGCAGCCUCCAUCCUUUAAACCCAUAAAUGUCAUGCCUCGUCUAAGUAGGACUAUCUACAAUGAUAUCUGUGAGUUUUGUGAGCGGUAAAUAAAGGCCAUUCAUUUGUACUUGCCUUCCCACGAAAAAUGUCUCCAGCCCUCCCCUGUUGUAAAGCUCAAUAGAGGGGAAUUAUAAUUAUUUUCUGGAAACUAGCAGGAACCUGUAAAUUUGAGGGUUAUGCUUAACAUUCCAAGCACCAUAACCACUACUGCUUGCUAGAGGUGGAGCACACCACAGGACUACUGGCACAUUAUCACCACUACAGUGUGCUGCAGUGGUUAUGGUGCUUAAGUGCUCCUUUAGAAAAAAAUGAUUCUAGGCAAGGUUCUAAAACUGGGAGCGACCAAUAUGAACAUUCACCAACACAACUUUAAUGUGUUUGAUAGAUUUUGGUCUCAUUAAUAUACUGUAUUUUUCGCACAAAAAAAAUACAUGUUUUGCUGAAUGUUACACCAUAAGCCUUCCUUUUUACCCGUCCCCCAUCCCAUUCACUCCAGGAAAAGCUUAGCUCAGUGGUUCCCAAACUUUUUAGGUUCAAGGCGCUUUUAAUAUUUCAAUAUUUUUCCAAGGCACCGCAAGUCAAAUUUUUUUUUAGGUUGUAUAUAUGUAUCGCUGUGGCAUAUACUGGGCCCCUAAUCUUGGGAGUGGCACUGGUAGAUUAUCUAAAGAAACAAUCCAGCCACAAUAACUACUUCAUUACAUUGUACUGGUUAUGGUGCCAGUAGUGCCCUCCCAGUGUAAGUAGUCAAACUGUUUAAGAACAAUUUGACAACUUACCUGGGGUCUACCGGGAUAGGGGCUGUAGUGUGUGGUGCAGUGUGUGUACAGGGGUGCAUUGUGUUUGUGAAAGAUGUAGUUUUUGUGUGUGUGUGGGGAGGUUUGUGCGUGAGGUGUGCAGUGUGUGGGGGUGCAGGUUGUGUGACGGGUACAGUGUGUGUGUGUGGGGGGGCAGGUUGCAUUAGGGGUGCAAUGUGUGUGUGGGGGUGCAGGUUGUGUGACGGGUACUGUGUGUGGGGAAGGGUGUGUGUGUGGGAAAGGUUGUGUGUGUGUGUGGGGGGAAGGUUGUGUGUGUGUGUGGGGGGGUGUGUGUGUGUGUGUGUGUGGGGGGAAGGUUGUGUGUGUGUGUGUGUGUGUGGGGGGAGGUGUGUGUGUGUGUGUGUGGGGGAGUGUGUGUGUGUGUGUGUGUGUGGGGAGGUUGUGUGUGUGUGUGUGUGUGGGGGGGGAAGGUGUGUGUGUGUGUGUGUGGGGGAAGUGUGUGUGUGUGUGGGGGGAGGUUGUGUGUGUGUGUGGGGGGGGAGUGUUGUGUGUGUGUGUGUGUGUGUGUGUGUGUGGGGGGAGGUGUGUGUGUGGGGGGGAGGUGUGUGUGUGGGGGGAGGAGGUGUGUGUGUGGGGGGGGAGGUGUGUGUGUGUGUGUGUGUGGGGGGAGGUUGUGUGUGUGUGGGGGGGAGGUUGUGUGUGUGGGGAGGGGAGGUUGUGUGUGUGUGGGGGGAGGUUGUGUGUGUGUGGGGGGGAAGUGUGUUGUGUGUGAAGGGGGAAAGGUUGUGUGUGUGUGGGGGGAAGGUUGUGUGUGUGUGUGUGUGUGUGUGUGGGGGGAAGGUGUGUGUGUGUGGGGGAAGGGUGUGUGUGUGUGGGGGGAAGGUUGUGUGUGUGUGUGUGAAGGUUGUGUGUGUGUGUGUGUGGUGGGGUUGUGUGUGUGUGUGUGUGUGGGGGAAGGUUGUGUGUGUGUGUGUGUGUGGGGGGAAGGUGUGUGUGUGUGUGUGUGUGUGGGGAAGGUUGUGUGUGUGUGGGUGUGUGGGGGUGUGUGUGUGUGUGGGGGAAGGUUGUGUGUGUGUGGGGGGAAGGUUGUGUGUGUGUGUGUGUGUGUGUGUGUGGGGGAAGUGUGUGUGUGGGGGGUUGUGUGUGUGUGUGGGGAAGGUUGUGUGUGUGUGUGUGUGUGUGUGUGGGGGAAGGUUGUGUGUGUGUGGGAAGGUGUGUGUGUGUGGGGGGGAAGUGUGUGUGUGUGGAAGGGGUGUGUGUGUGUGGGUGUGUGUGUGUGUGGGGGAAGUGGGUGUGUGUGUGGGGGUGGGUGUGUGUGUGGGGUGUGUGUGUGUGUAUGGGGGUGUUAUUGUGUGAUGUGGGGUCUGUGGGGGUAGGAGGGAGGCCAGAUUAUAUCUUUUUUAUUUUAUUUUUUUUACCUUUUUUUAUUUUUUUAUAUUACAAAUAAAAAUGAUACCCCAUCCCCCUCCCUCCCUGCUUACUUUUGCCUGGGAGGGGGGACAGUACUAAUCACUGGUGGUCCAAGUGGGGGGAGUGAUCUCUAGCAGCCUCAGGAGCUGCUAGAGUUCACUUUCCCGAGAUUUGGAGCGUUGCCGCGGUAAAAAGAAGAGAACCUGGCGGAGCUGCAGGUUAGAGCUCUCCCAGGUCCUUUCUCCCUCCCCUCCCCUGCCAGCUAUCAGCAGUAUACUGCGAGCGGGCCAGAGAGGAAGAUCUCUGAUCUCCCCUCCGGUCCUGCAGAGCUGUCAGGGGAGAGCACAGUUCCCAGUGCUAUGAUUAUAGCACCAGGAAAUUAUCUUGCGUCGCCCCAGUGUGCCCGUCGCAGUUUGGGAACCGCUGGCUUAGCCCAUAACAGCACUGAGUGACUCUAACUAUAGAGCAAUUCAAAGAAAAUGACACAUGCAAUGUAUCCUAUAAACUUUGUAUGUUUAUUUGAAUACUUAAAUCUGCUUCUUGCUUCUAAUAAAAACAUUAAAAACAAACAAAAAAAUUUUUUUUUUAUUUAGCCACAUGUUUACUUUAUAAGUGCUUUUGUUGGGUUUAAAAAAAAAAGUUAAAUGUAGAAAUUCAACACUGUUGCAUUUACCAAUUUCGUGGAACCGAGCUCCUCCAUUUUGAUUUCUUACACCAGGAGGAACCAUAGUAAGGGAAGAAGGAGAUACAGAAAGAAAAAUUUUACUCCAGUGUAACCUGUUCAAUAACUGAGCUGGAUUGUGGUGUUGCUUACUAAAACUUAAACAUGACUUUAAUCCCUUAAGGACACAUCGUGUGUGACAUGUCAUGAUUCCCUUUUAUUCCAGAAGUUUGGUCCUUAAGGGGUUAAAGCAGGCUUCCCCAAACUCCGCCCCUAUAGUUGCUGAACUACAGCUCCCAUUAUUCUAUGAAUGAAAUAGGCUGAGAAUUAUGGGAGUUGUAGUUCAGCAACAUCUGGAGGGCCGGAGUUUGGGGUAGUCUGCUUUAAAGUAAAGCUAACCAUCACAUGGAAAAAAAAUUGUUCAAGUGAUGGCUGUUUUUCAAUGUUUUAUUCAGUAAUGUAAUUCACAGACAAGUGCCAGUUUCACUUUUCAGUAGUCACCAUCUUCACAUAAACAAAAUAUUCCUGGGAAUUUCUUGCCAAGUCUUCUCAUUAAUAUGGCAAGUGAAAAAUAGCAUAUUUAAAAAAUCCUUAUUUAAUUUUUUUAUUCUCUUUUUUUUUUUUUUGUAGACAAUACUACGCCUAUCUCACAGACACGCAAUGCAAAAGGGUCGGCACUCAGUGCUGGGUGUUUGGGUAAGUACAUACAACUAUAUUUCAUAACUUACGUCAACUGUGUUUCGCUAUACAGUGCAAUUUUAAAUAAAAGAUGUCCCAUUUGCAAGAACCUUCCACUGGCUUGCAUAUAUAGCACUAUACAUAACCCUCUGCUACUUUUGUGAUUCCUGUACUGGAUGAAAUGGUGUGAUUGGCAUACCCACCGCAUAUUGUCAGGGCAGAAUAAUUGGAUAUUCUGUGCUGUGUUCAGUCAAAGACCGUGGGAGUUAAUCGUUGAUACUCUCAACAUACAUAGACUGCAUUAUCUGUAAUGGCCAACUAACCAUUUAGAAAAUGUAGUCUACAACAGCUAGAGUACUAAAUCCAAUCCAAAAAGCGGUAAAUAACAUAUCCAACCAUUGUAAUAGAUUAAUAGUAAUCUUUCUGAACACUGCCAAAUGUAUUUUAUUUUAAGUUUAGUUCCUUUUUUUUUUCUUUUUACAGAUAUUUGUUAUUUCUAAGAUUUAACUUUUUUUCUUUUUUUUUUCCUUCAAGGAUUUAAAGUAUUGCACAAACUAUUAUAUUCAGCAAAUUAAAGGGACACUCUAUUGUUAGGAAUAUAAAGCUGUACUCCAAACACUAUAGUGUCCCUCUGCCCUUGUGCCCCCAACCCCCGGUGGCUAUCAAAGGAUUAAACUAUUUUUUUCACUUGCCUUUUUUUUUUUUUUUUGCGCUGGGAUCCUUCAGUCUCCACCUCCUGCGAUGUCACUGGUAAGGGGAAACAUAAUGUACAUGCGUGGCGAGUGCCAUACGUGUGAUCGCCCUUCAGUAUUAAACCUGCAAUGAAAUCUUUGCAGUUUCUAUAAACUGCAAUGUUUCAGCUGCAGGGUUAAAGUGAUGGGGACAAUGCACCCAGACCAUUUCAAUGAGGGUGCCUAUGACCAAUCAUGAAUGUCUGUCUGUUCCUUUAAUUUUACUCAGUUUCAAAGUGAUCGUGGGAAAAAAAAACAGACCUUUCCACUAUUACAUUUUUUCUGUACUUCGAGCUAGUCUACAAGAUAAUAAUGUUUAGUCUUCCAGUAACAUGAAAAUAUGCCAGGAGAUUAAUGUAGAAUGUAACUAAAUAAAUUAUGCAGUUUAUAAAGGAAAUAAACUGUGUUUUUUCAGGUUGCCAUUAAGAUUUAAACAGUAUGUCCUCAAUUUAAUGUUGUUUGAUUAAGAUUUCCAAAUUAUUUCAUAUUUUUGACUAAACUUUUAGAAUGAUUUAAUCAUUUGUGUUGUGGUAACUCCAAUAUUACACAAAUUGAAUAUUUUGCCGCAGUGGCCCAUGAAACAUUACCUGGAUAAAAAUAUUGCUCAGACUUUAAAGGGAAACGUUGAAUACGCCAUGGAAGUUAAAAGAAAAUAAACUAAUUUAAAGAUGUAAGUUUUGAGAUAUCCAUAUAUCCAGCACAGCUAGAUCAAUAAUCAGGAAAUGGGUUCCUCAAGAAAUGUAGUAUAUUUAUUUAUAAGUGCUCUAUCAUGGUUAGUAAAACAUUAGUCUUAAAUUUAAAGACUGUUUCUUUCAUCCAAAUACUGUGCUGGCAGACUUGUUAGCAAAUUAAUCAAAUGGGUAAUGGAAAUUUAUACUUGAAUAUGAACAGAUUUUUUUAAAUGGGGGUUUUGUUAUUUUUAAAAACUUGUAUUUUGGAAACCGCUUAUUGCUCCAAGGAUAAAUCUAACUGCAAUUUUGGAGUCCAUAAGAAUUUUUCCCGUUUUGUGGCACAAGCGGGAUAGCAUUUUGAUUGGCUAUUUUUUUUUUUUUUUUUGGAUCAGCAGAAGCACGUGUGAAAAGAUGAACUUGAUGAACCCAACUCUCCUUUCAAUAAGUAGCCUGCUAUCAUCAGCCACCAAAUAUAUGGGGCACAUUUUGUAAACCACGUUUCUUCUCUGUAUGGCUCAUUCAUGCCAAAACACAGUAUAAUUCUAACAUUUUGUGAGGGCAAGAGUAGGUUUUCAUCACGUCUCUCGAACAGAUUCUAAGAAUGGCGUGACAUCGCAAGGAUUGCGUAAAUGUACAGACAAUAAAAUUAGGUUUUCCUAUGAUUAGAGAAGAUGAUGAGAAGGUUCACAUAAAUACUGAAAGAUAAAGUUUAUAUGUAGUAUGACAUUCAUAUUUAAAACAUUGAAUUAAGUUAAAAAGUGAACUGUACAUUAUUAUUGGGAUUUAUAUAGCUCCAACUUAUUCCGCACCGCUUUACAAUAUUAUGAAUGGGGGAUAUUUAACAAUAAAUCAGACAUUUACAAAAUGAUACAGGAACAAUGGGUAGAUGAGUAUCCUGCUUACAGUCUAGAGGACAUGACGGGAAAACCUCCUGAUAUAAAACCACUGUAACAUUGUAAUAACCAUUUUUAUUGUUUCAUUGUGCUAUAAGGAAAACAUUACAUUUCAAGAUGUAUAGUGGAUGGAAUGAAUAAUAAUAUUCAUGAGUAAUAGUAAUAACUAGUUCCUUUUAUUUGAGAUGCCAAAUGUGUCCCAGUCUUCCUUUAUGCUGCUUAAUUUUAUCAUUAUUUUCUCUCUUCCACUGUGUUGCCAAUAUGGCAUCAGAUGACUUAAUAAUGGACAUAUAACUAGCGAUAUGCGUGUUAGCCAGGUAAGGACCAUGCUGGAGGAGUCUGGCUCUUUGCAUGUAGCUCCCAGUUGCAUUGCAUCCUCUAAAGCUGGGGAAGGCAUCCUGCAACAGUAUUCAAACAACUGGAUUAUGGAUGUUCUAGAUUGAUAAUGACUGGAGGGUCACAGGAUGCCUACCUUUACUUUAAGGCAACGGUGAAGAACUUUUAAGAUCACACGAUGGCAGCGCUUCAUCUCCUCUAUCUAAUCUAUCCUUGCCCUGGUUCCGAUAUAAGCAUGGAGAUUCAAUCCGUUCUUUAAAUUCUUUCUGCCAGUUUGGGAUCUUGACCUGAAGUUCUCCUAUUCUAGACCAGUUUGUCACGUUUCUUGGUAAAAGAUAUCCUGCUUGCGUACUGACUUUGACAUACUGUGACCAAUCUUUAAAACUAGUCCUGCUUAAAAACAUCUGUUAAAUUGUUUAAACGGUGAGCUAUGAUUUACAUUAGUUUGAAUGUCCUAUGAAAUGCGCUUUUCUAGAUUGGCACAACUUGUAUACACUUAUGUAGAAAUCAAAGACUGAUACCUUCACUCUACUAGUUAGUGUUCCAUGUUUUCAAUAUUUUUUUAUUUAUUUAUUUCUCAAUGGUGGGAGUUAUUUUGCUUCUUUUGGAACUUUUUAUAACUCAUGCUGCUUUUCCUACAUAUUAGACAUUUAAUUUUCCUAAGUGACUGCACAGAUUUUCUUUUUUUUUUGCACCAUCUCCUGAAUUAUUGGUGUAUUUUAAUACUCCAGUUAUUUAUUGUUUUGUUUUUUUUUACUCUGUAAAAACUGGGAACAUUAUCAUUUAUGCUAAAUAUCUUCCAUACAAAGCUGUAAUUUAUUUUUGUUUCCCUUUAAUGAAAGAAAUGCUGUGUAACAUAGACCCCAAUAUUCAAGCAUGCUUUUAUUUGUUUUCUCAGCUUGUGUUAGAUCUAAUAUCUUAGCAUGGUAGUCUAUACUUGGCAGACUCCUAGAAUCAUACUUUAUUAAGUACUAUUUUAUUUAUAAAGCACAUAUGCAAUUUUUAAGAUCGUCCAAUGAGCUGUAACAUAUUUCAAUUGUUGAUAACAUAACUUUUAAUAGAGUAAAAACCAGGAUAGUUGAAGAAAACACUGGAGAGACCGUGUGUUAAAGGGUUGCUCUAAAUAUCAUAACCACUACAGCUCCUCCUGGUUUUUGUCAAAUUGUUUACAAUCCGUUAAUACAAGGCUUUAGUUUACGUAGAAUGGUCCUGUUAAACAAAAAGACACUGAACCUCAGUUUGAGAAAACACUGAUUGUUCGAGAAAUCUGAAUAGAAUAUCCAGACUCAUUGGCAAGGUCACAAAUACCAAAAAUAAACAUUCUCUAUAAAAUGGUUAUCUGCCAGAUCUUUUUGUGUUAAUAAAGAAAGGUGGUGAUGGUGUAAUGGCUUUUUUACUUAGCACCUUGAAACACAGUACAUUUUAUUAUCUCAAGCGGGUUUAAAAUUGCACAUGACUUUAGUUCCAGCAGAGGGCCAUUAACCUAAAGUGGCACGGGCACAAAUUGCUGCUGCAAAUAUGUACAGGAAUCACGUAAUGCUGCCCAAUAAACAUGGAUCAAACCCCUAGCAGAGAUAGGCAACACUUGGCACCCCAGAUGUUGUGGACUACAUCUCCCUUGAUGCUUUGCUAGCAUUAUGGCUGUUAAGAUAUAGUCCAAAACAUCUGGAGUGCCCAAGGUUGCCUAUCCGUGCCCUAGAGAAUGCUCCCAUGCUGUGUUUCUGAUAUUGCAUACACCGUCCUCCUAUAAGGGUUUAUGUCUUACAUAAAUUGAUCUAACUAUGGAGUCUAUAAAUGCGUUGCAGCUAAUGUCACACAUUUACAUGCAAAUUGUUGGAGGUUAAUGAACUAUAAAUGGGAAUCUUAAUCCAAACCAGUUAUGAUUUCUAAACAAAACAGGCAGCGUUACUUAUGUUUCCAUGCCCAUUCCAAAUUAUAUGUUCUUUAUUUCAUCAUCCAAUUUGUCAUUCUUCUACUUGCCUGUCCCCUUUGUUUUGUUAUUUUUACAUUUAAUUUAUUACCGCGUCCUGUUUGGGUUUGAUUUUCUGCGCAUGGAUGGAACAAUAAUUUAUAAGAAAAUAUGGAGGGAAAAAAAUCACCAUCCCUCUUUCCAGUUUAACUUACCCAGGAGUGCAGCUGCUCUGUUUCUUGUAUGAUGUUGGUUCCUGAGGCAAUUCUUAAACAGUUCGGUUUCUUUCACAGGAAGGGCUCCAGGGCACUGAUGGUACCAUAACUACUACAGUAAAAGAACAGUCAGAACAUCCUAAUAAAAUGUAACAUUAUCUUUGUUUUGUUUCUGUACAGUGCAAUUGCCUUCCUUGAAGCACUCGUAUGUAUAAAGUUUGGUCAAGAUCUCUUCUCCAAGACACACAUGCUGUAUGUGGUACUUUGGCUUCUCUGCGUUGUAAGUAGACAAUCUUUUUUUAUAAUUUACAAUACACAUGCUUUAAAUGUGGGCCUGUGGGAGUUUUACACUUUGCUGAUUGUAACAUCCAAAGUCUUUUUUUUUUCUGUGACCUCCUAGUAAAGAUUGAAUAAUGUACCUUGUGGAAAAGAGAUGAAACUUUAUUCAGUCAUAUUUAUCCUUACAUUAGCACAUUAUGUAAUUUCCCAGAACCCUCUAUCAUAAUAGCUGCUGUGUAUUAUUGUCUGUUAGCCAACAAAUAUUCAGUGUACUACUACCAUACUGGGACGCAGACGCCAUUUUGUGUGUGGAGUGGGGGGUUAAAUAAUAUGCAAGUGUUUCAUUCUCCCCUAGGAACCCGCCAGGUUUUCAGUACCUCUCAAGGUCACUAGCUUGGUGUGUGUUGUUGCAGACUCUGCAACUUGAAUCUAUGACCUGAAAUCUGAUUCUGCUCACAGCUGUUCCUCUUUGGCUAACCAGCUUCUUUUCUUAAAGGGACACUCCACUGCCCAAAUUAAAAAAUAUAUAUAUAUAUAUAUAUAUAUAAUAGAUCUACACCAAUGAAAACAUGCAUGUAUUUAAUUAUGCAUUUUUUUUUUAUAGGGGGUAUAUCUUAAAACAGCUUGCACAAAGCUGCAUAUCUCUUUUGCAAGCCCUCCCCUUUAUCCUCAGCCUAGACUUUAUGUGGCUAUCCAAUCACAGACUUCCCAAUGCAGCUCAACGAGAAGUCUUCAGCAAGCUAAAGUGCUUUCAGUGUUUGAGGUGUUCCUUUAAGACCGGACCUUUCUAUUUGUGCCUUUUGCCACAGAAUUGUUUUGAUCUUGUUUGGCUGUUUUGUUCCUAAAGUCCUCUGUAGACCUACAAAUCUUCCAUGACCCACGUUUACACCAGCUGGAAUUCUCCGACGCCACCUAACCAAAUUAGACAUUUGCAAAAAUUAGUUUUAAGCGAUUUUAUCAGAAUAACAUUCCUGGUAAUCGCUGUAUCUGUAAUUUUGCAAGAUGAGAUUGAUUUUAGAAUUGUUUAAUUUAACAUAAUUGUUUAAUUUAUCCAAGUCUAAUUGAAAUAAUAUGAUUUCCAUAAAUGCUAAAUAUGAUUUUUCUUUAACAUUUGUCUUUUAAUACAAAGAGCAUUAUUUGUGUUAAUUUUACGGUUAAUCUUCCUUGUAGGCUAUUACUACGUUUUUGUGCCUGUAUGGCAUGGUGUGGUAUGCAGAUCGCUACGGCUCACGAGAAAAGGUAAAUUUCUCUUUCUAUCUGUAUGGAAACUUAUUAUGGUGCAAAGAGGGUGUGGGAGAAGCUUCCACCAGCACGCUUGGCCUGCAAUUACCAUCACUGCUAGCCAUGGAGGAGAAACUUAAGGCACUGGUUAAAGUAAAAAAAAUGUUAAGAUAAAAUUUAAUUUAGUUUUAUUUUUUUCAAUCUGGUUAAAUGAUGACACACAAACUGUGGUGACCACAUUCACCACUAAAGUGAUCUGUAGUGGAUAAGGUGUUUAGCAUGCUCCUUCAAACAAUAAUCUAUCAUGCAAUGAACAAAUACUUCAGUAAAGCAAUUCAUAUUUUAUUGAUAAAGUAGACACUGUUACACUCCAUAACUACUACAGCCCUCCUCUAUGGAGAUGUUAAAUGUAUUAAAUGUCUGGGUCAGUGGGUGUGAUGAUUGGUUCACCACCAUAUUCACUUAUCAGCCACAACAUUAAAACUACAAGCCUAAUAUCGUGUAGGUACCCAUUGUGCUGCCAAAACAGCUCUGAAGCAUAGAGGCAUGGACUCCACAAGACAUCUAUACAGAAAAAGGAUAGGGGGCACUCCCAAGACCUGCAUUUUGUAUGAAAGGUGCAGCCGCAGUGACCAAACUUCAUACAUAAAACAAUAAAUAGUUGCAGCGCACUCAGACUACAAAACAAUAUAUAAUACAAAGAAGGCUACUAAAAUGCCUAUCUGAGAAUAAAUAUGGGGAUUUAGUUCCACCAUAUGGCCAUAUGUUGUUAAGCCCACCACUACUUUCAAAGUACCCCAAUAUUGGUGGGUCCUACGCUAAAAAUGUGGGGGAACAAAUUAAAUAGUACUAGUGUUGAAAAUUACAAGUGUUAAAUUAAAUCUUGAUAAGAGCAUAGUGAGUAUACAAAAAUGAGUGAUGAAAGCAAUUAAAAACAGUGUUAAAACUAAACAAAUAAUGUGUUAGUGCUAAAAAGAGUAUACUCAUUAUAGCAGAUGAUAUCUGUGCUGACUAGAGAAAAUAAUAAAAGUGGGGUACUUUGAAAGUAGUGGUGGGCUUAACAACAUAUGGCCAUAUGGUGGAACUAAAUCCCCAUAUUUAUUCUCAGAUAGGCAUUUUAGUAGCCUUCUUUGUAUUAUAUUUUGUUUUGUAGUCUGAGUGCGCUGCAACUAUUUAUUGUUUUAUGUAUGAAGUUUGGUCACUGCGGCAGCACCUUUCAUACAAAAUGCAGGUCUUGGGAGUGCCCCCUAUCCACAAGACAUCUAGACAUAUCCUGUGGCAUCUGGCUCAAAGACAUUGGCAGCAGAUCCUUUAAGUCCAGCAAGUUGUGAAGUGGGGGCAUCUAUGGAUCAGAUUUGUUGCUCCAGCAUAUCCUACAGAUGCUCAAUUGGUUUGAGAUCUGGGGAAUUUGGGGGCAAAGGAAACACCUUGAACUCUGUCAAGUUCCUCAAAGGAUUCCUGAACAAUGUUUGCAGCGUGGCAGGGUGCAUUAUCCUGCUGAGAGAAGCCUCUGCCAUCAGGAAACACCAUAGACAUGGUCUGCAACAAUCUCCGUGUCAAAAAACAUCCACAUGAAUGCCAGGACUUAAGAUUUCCCAGCAGAGCAUAACACUGCUUCCGCCGGCCUGCCUUAUUCCAAUAGUGCAUCCUGCUGUGGCAGCAGGAUGUUUUUCUCUAGGCUAAACGACACAAACGCAUACGGUCAUCCUCCUGAUCUAAAAGAAAACAUAAUUCAUCAGACCAAGCAACCUUCUUCCAUUGCUCAAUGGUCCAGUUCUGAUGCUCAUGUCUCCAUUGAAGAUGCUUUCGGGGGUGUACAGGGGUCAUCAUGGGCACUCUGACCAGCCCCAUAUGUAGCAAAUUGUCCUUUCUUGCAUUACUGUUGGUAGGUCCUAAGCACAGUAUACCAGUUACACCCCACAAGAAAUGCUGUUUUAGAGAUGCUCUGUCCCAGUCAUCUAGCCAUCACUAUCUGGCCCUUGUUAGAAUCACUCAGAUCUUUUUGCUUGCCCAUUUUUCUUGCUUCCUACACAGGAAAUUCAAGAACUGACUGUUCACUUGCUGCAUAAUAUACCCCACUGCUAGACAGGUGGCACUGUAAUGAUAUAAUCAAUGCUAUUCACUUCACCCAUCAGUGGUUUUAAUGUUGUGACUGAUCAGUGUAGAACCUUAUGUACUUUAUGAAUGACUGUCGUUUACUGUUGGCAAAAGGGGAGAGUCCAAGGCAAUCUAGCCUUUAUUUCAGAAAUAUGGCAUUGUACAUUAGAAUAAUGGCAACUAAUUAAAAACGAGACAUUUUUAUUUAGGUUACUCAUGUAAUAGUAUAAUAAAAAACCUCUGCACGUUUCAACAAAUCAAAUGAUGCAAGGUCAAAAGAGCCUCCUUAGUUCUAAAAAAAAAAAAAGACCAUAAAUACUAAAAUUAGGGAAAAAUAUUUAUGCAAGGUCUUUAAUUCAUAUUUUUUAAUCUGAACUGCUACCUUAAAGGCUUUUGUAAUAACCUUUAAGACAUUCUAACUAAACACUUUAGUAGUGGGUAUUGCUUGUAAGUGUAACAAAACUGCAACUGUCUACUUACCGUACUAAUAGAGUGUUCCACAUUUUAUUAAUUAAGGACUACUAUGAAUCUAAAGGAACACUAUAGGGUCAGGAACUCAAGCAUGUAUUCCUGACAUUAUAGUGUUAAAAACACCAUCUACCCCCCCCAAAUAUAGUAAAAUCUUAACUUUAUUCCAAUCUGCUGGUGCUGACUCUGAAUAUAUAGUGUUCCUUUAGAUUCAACUGCCUCCUUGGCUGACAUCUUUAGAAGUGAUGAACUCAGCCAAUCCAAUGCUUUCCUAUAGGAAAGCAUUGGAUUGGCUGAGAUUGUCAAUUCUGAUGAUCUCAGCCAGGGGUGGAGCCAAAUGCCACCCUGUCCAAUCAGCAUCUCAUCAUAGAGAUGCAUUGCAUCAAUGCAUCUCUGUGAGGAAAGUUCAGUGUCUCCAUGCAGAGUGUGGAGACACUGAAUAUCAGUGAUAUACACUGUGCAGAACUGCCCCAGGAAGCACCUCUAGUAGCCAUCUGAGGAGUGGCCACUGGAGGUGUACCUAGACUGCCUUCAGGGACUGACUAUACUUAUAUAAGUUGUAGUUGUUCUGGUGACUAUAGUGUCCCUUUAAACAGGAGAGAAGUGAUUUUAUCACAGCCUUUUGUGACCUAAUAACAGUGUAAACCAAUGUUGUUUUAGAGUGUUGAUGUCACUAAAUCUUUUGUUCACCUAUCUUAACCCAUGUACUUUUGCUAAGAUGCCUCUGUUUUCUUAAUUAAGUUAAAGUUGUUUUAGUGCCUAUAGUAUCCUAUUAAUUUUCCAGUUAAAUUUCAUCUGAAAUUUAAAAAAUAUUGAUUUGGAUGAAACAAAAAUGUUGUUAGUUUUAUGAAUUUGGAUGUCAAUUAGUCAUUAUGGCGGAUGAAUGUGACAGUCACAGAGUUGCAUUGUAGCAGAUUAGGACAUUAUCUGAUAAACUGAUGGAACAUCAAAAUUAGGAAAAACACUUUUCUUUUGAUCCUUCAGCUGCUUAGUAGUAGUCUACGUAAUUUGCUAUCCUUAUCAAAGCAAAUGGUUGAGAAACGAUUAAAUUCUUUACAGAUCUUUUCAUUUUAUAUUUUGUCAUUUUUGUGAACUCGGAUGCUGUACAAUUGCCACGUCAGCAAAUUGGGACAAAACUUUAUUUGUAAUGAAACUUACUGCAUAUGUCUAGUACUUAUGCAAAGAAUGUGAACUUGAGACAUUGAUAUGUCAACCCAAAACCUGCAGAAUUAGCUUGUAUAACACGUACCCUCUAAUUGUGUACUCCUGAAAUGUUUCAAAAACCUUCCAUAGGCAAAUUAAAGUUUUAACUUCAUUACCAAUUCCCUCUUCGUUUAUAGAAAUGUAAAGUGAACUUUUUGUGGAAUGUUGGUUGUUUUUUUUUUUUCUCUCUUUACUCAACCCAUAUAUGUAUUGUUCUUUUUGCAGACAUAUUCAGAAUCUGAGGACAACACAUAUAAUACUGAUGUACCAUGGCAACAUGUUGAUAAAAUUGGUAAGUUACUCCAGUGUCUAGCAUGAUGUUAAAAGUUCAAUUUCUUCUGCCUUGCAUAGUUCCUCUUGAUUUAGCCAUGUAGUGGUGGUCACGGCAGCACUGUAAGCAGGUAUUAUAAAUCUGCUUGGUUAGCCUAGGGUGUUGGGUCCAACAUGGAUAGUUGCAAUCAUUUUUAGGUAGCCUAACACAUAAGUAGCCAGAAAACAGGAAAAUGUGUCUCGAUUUUGUAACAAAGCGAUUUUUGUUAUAUAUAACUAGGCUCUGAAUAUAUUGUGUAUUUCAUGGGGGCUGACCCAAUCAAAAAAAAAAAUCCAGGUAUAUAGUGAUAUUCAUUACGUCAGGGUAGAUGGUGUUAUUUUGUUAGAUCUAACAUGCAAGAGAACUUAUUCGCAAUAAUUUUGUGGAGAGGGGAUCUGAAGACUAGUCAACAAAAAUGUGCAUGUUCAGUCUAACUGACAAAGUAUCAUCGUACAUCAUUUAACAAAGUUAAAUAAAAUGUAAUAAUAAAAUAACAAAGUUAUUAAUUUAUUAACAUUUUAAUUAGGGGAGCUAACCUAUUCUGAGGUUUGCUCUUCUUUGUCAAGCCUUUGUGCCAAAUACAAUUAUCAAUCUUAAACUGUUCAGCAAGAUAUAAGUGGCACUAUGAGCAAGGAGGCCCCUACAUCCAAGGUGACUUAGCAGAAGCAAAACUCAUAAACAUGACAAGAAGACUGACUCUGAGAUUUUGACCCUAGUUUGGGCUCUGCCAAGGUCAUCUUCACUGCAGAUAUCCAGAAUCUAAGGAUAACUGAAAGUGAGGUUUUGAGGGUAAUGAAAAACUUGAAAUAACAAUAAAUUAUCAUAAUUGGCACUAGUCAUUCGUUUUAAAACAUAAUGUGAUUAUGAGUUGGUUUUGACUUGCUACCUGGUUAUUAUGAAGAAAUCUAUGGAGAACGUACCUUUACAUCACUUGAAAUCACUGAUGCUGGACUAAAAUUAUUUUCUGUUUUUAUGGUGACAAAAAAUGCUACUAAAAAAAGUAUUUGCUAAUGGUGAAGGGCUAUAGUCCACAGAGAGGAGUUUUGCAAAAUAUACACGAUCUUUAUUUUAAUUUUUUUUAAUGUUUUUGUCACUUUUUCUCUUGUUCCACUUUUCGUCACUAGGUGUCCCCCUACUACAAUUUAGGAAAGCUGUAGAGCAAGUAGCUCUUCAUAUAUACAGAUGUUUGCUAUAGUCAUUCAUAUAAAGCACAAAACACCAAAAGAAGGAAAAUGCUUAAGCAUGUCUGCAGGCAGUCUCCUUUGUGUCGCUAUAUAGUCAUCAACAAUGUUUUUAGAGCAAAAUAACAACUGGAAAAGAGGUUAAAACAAGUACAUGCAGCUGUAGCAUGCACACGUGUUGCAAAUCAAGCAUUUUGAAUACUGUAAGGUCGGCCUGAGAAUACAAAUAUAAAUAGAAGUGUCCACAAAAAAAGGUGUUUUUUUUUUUGUUGUUGUUUGUUUUGUUUUUGUUUUUGUGACUGAUAAUCUGUUCUAGCUUGGUCGCCACCUGAAAGUUAAAAAAACAAAAAUUUUACUUCUCUCUACUGUUUUAACAAUGAUACCCAUGUGCUGAUAUCAGUACAGAUAUUAGCAGUGGGUUUCCUAUGGGUUAGUGGUAGGAUUAGGGAUAGGGUAAGGUAAGGGUUAAUACUAUUUUAGAGAUAGGGAUAGUGUAGGGUUAAGGUAGGUAUACAUUAGUGUACCCAUAAAGGUAUGGUUGGUAUAGUCCUUGGGGGCAGGGGAUUAAUAUAGGGCUAUCGUUAACUACCAGAAAAUAAGGUAGAUCUAAGACAUUUGCAGAAUUUAACAAUCAGGACUGAUACGUGAAUUUUAUUGUACUUUAAAAACAAUGUAUAAAUAUGUAGUGUGGCACUUAAAGUGAAACCCUUAAAUUGUGGUGGAACAAAAAUAUAACGUAAAUUCUAGUUUUUGUUUUUGUCCAGAACAUGGACAAUUGCCUCUGUCCUUGAGGGAUUAAUAUUGUAAUACAUUUUGCACUAUGUUUGCAGGCGAGUGGUUGUUUUUGUAUUCUUGUUUUAUUUUUCUAUUUGCACGGAGCAAUUCGAACCAUGCAUCCUUCAGUCAUACAUGUCAUUAAAUAAAUGAAUACCUUUUACUUUUAAAGUAGCAGUUCUAGCACAUUCUUGUUUUUCUUAUUUGAAGUUGAUAUAAAACCAGAACGAGGGUGAAGUGUGUCUAAUUCGCUGUCUGUGUUAUUACAUUUGCAGUGGAAGUCCCAUCAAAGCACAGUGAAAGCACAACGUCUCGAAGGAAGAACCGCUCUAGGGCAAAAGUAACGAAUGGAGUUGGCAAGAAAUGAGUCAUCCACAGCCAACAUUAAAACAGUGAGGAGAUGAACCUACGGCUUGGAACAUUGUGCUUAAUAUAAGGAAGACACAGUGUACAAGAUGAAGAAAGAAAUCAAGCUUGGGGUUCUUCAGGCAUCUGCAAGUUAACAAUCAUGUGCAAUCCCAAUUUCAAAAGUAUUGCUUGAUCUUCCCUGCUCCUCUAACCAUUUUUUAGAACUUUGGAAGACUUUGGAACUUCUGAUCACCAGUUUAGACAAACAAAACCUGUCUGUGUUAUGCAGCCGGAGAAAAUGGACCGGAUCAUCAACCUUUUUAGAGAUUCUUUUGUCCUGCUCCGCUUAUUUUCAACAUAAUAUUUCUCUUUUCUUGCUUGCAGUCUUGAAUGCCGAUGCCUCUGUUCACCAAGACCUGGUUGUGUUUUAAUUCAAUGUGUAGUGUUUCUACAGAUUUGUCACUUUGCUUUUUCCCCUAUAUAUAAUUAAUUUACACUCCCUGGGUUCAGAACCUGGUUGUCUUGCUUUUAAAGUUUAUUAUAGUGGUUUUUUUUUGUUUUGUUUUUUAUAUAUAUAUUUUUGUUUUCGUAGUAUGUAAUCUUUAUUUACAAUCACUAGUGCAUUUUGGACAAUUGUCUCUCAUAAUGUUAAGUGGAAAUCACUUAUACAAGGUUUACAGCCAUGCUAUUUUUUUUUUUUUUUUAGGUGUAAAUAGAUUUGUGUUUAUUGGUUAGUAUUACGUGCAGCUCAAAGUAGCGAGUUGGUAGGUAGCACUGAGACACACAUGACUGCAUAACGUAAAGGCCAGGAUUCACUCCAGAAACUCUUGUACAACAAAAUAAAAUGUAACUUCCUUUUUUGGUUUGGUAAUCACGAGGAAAAGGAUAACAUUAUAAUGCGCAUCAUUGAGGCACAAAAAUAAACCAUCACUUGGAAAAUUACUUGACUGAACUGAUUUUUCUUUGAGAGGGAAAGAAAACCAAAACAACAGACUUAACAGUAAAAGUAAUUGCUGUUUAAAAAAACAAACAAAAAAAAAACAAUCUGGAGACCGUAAUAUUUCAGUUGAAAGUCUAAACCAGAGACUGCAGUUUUCUUAAUGUAUCUCUCGUUUGUAUAUAUCAUUUUUUUUUUUUUUCCUGUCUUGCUCUCGGUUCUUCUGCAUCUAAACCAUCUCUUCCUUAUUGCCUUUCUUCCUUACUUUGGUGACUUUCUUCUUGCUCGUUUUCCCUCCUUCUAUAGUUCUUUGAUUUCCAUUUGCUUUUAAACCUUGAAUAUAAAUGAGAAAGGAAGACAUGUAACUUUCAAAUUUAAUAUACCGUAUUUUCAAAGACAGCCUGUUUGUUUAAUCUAAAGACUCCUUAGUAUGCCCAAACUCCAGCCCUUAUUGACCUAGAAAUUGUAUGAGAAAAUAAUUUAAAGACAAUUUUCAGUGUAUUUGAACAUCUUUUGAGCUUAGCAAAUGUUCUGGUUGAAGAAUAAAGGCUCUACAGUUAUUCACAA